CGGGUCAGUCAGAAGCUGACAAACAGAUUUUGUGGUCUUUUGGAAGUUGGUUGGUUGCUUUGUGAUUUUCGUUCAAAUUAGAAGAGAAAAUGUCUGCCAGAUACGAUCGUGCUGUGACAAUAUUCUCCCCCGACGGUCACCUGCUGCAGGUCGAGUACGCCCAGGAGGCUGUUCGCAAGGGAUCGACCGCGGUCGGAGUUCGCGGAGAGGAUGUGGUCGUGCUGGGAGUUGAGAAGAAAUCAGUGGGCAAACUGCAGGAGGAGCGCACCGUGAGGAAGAUCUGUCCGCUGGACAGUCAUGUUGUGAUGGCUUUCGCUGGACUCACGGCCGAUGCUCGGAUCCUGAUCAACCGCGCUCAAGUGGAGUGUCAGAGCCACAAGUUGAAUGUGGAGGAUCCAGUGACACUAGAGUACAUCACGAGGUAUAUUGCCGGCCUCAAACAAAAGUACACACAGAGCAACGGUAGACGUCCAUUUGGCAUUUCCUGUUUGAUUGGUGGUUUCGAUUACGAUGGUACACCACAUCUUUAUCAAACAGAACCGUCAGGCAUUUAUUAUGAAUGGAAAGCAAAUGCAACAGGUCGAUCAGCUAAAACAGUUCGGGAAUUCCUUGAAAAAUACUACAAACCGGAAGAAGUUAAGACGGAGGAUGGUGCUGUGAAACUGGCUAUUAAGGCUCUCCUAGAAGUCGCUCAAUCCGGACAGAAGAACUUAGAAAUUGCCGUGAUGAAGCGGAAUCAACCACUGCAAAUGUUGGAUGCUGCCAAGAUUGAAUCGUACGUGACGAUAAUUGAGAAGGAGAAGGAGGAGGAGGCUGAGAAGAAGAAACAGAAAAAGUAGGGGAUGCACGAUAAGGUUUAAAAAUAGGAAUGAAUUUGAAACAGUUUAGUAUUUUGAUGCGAUUCAAUUCUUUGUACAAUUUUUUUGAUACGCAUAAAUCCAUAUACGAAACUGACAGAAAAAAUCAUUUUGGAUUUAAUAAAUUAAGUUUUCAUGCUUAACUUAAACAAAAUUGUUAUUCUUUAAAAAGGGAUGUGCGAAAUGAAAAUAAUAAUUGGGAUUUUA